UUUAGCUUCUGUGCAUUUCACCGGCAGCUAGGCUGGGAGGCAAGCAGGGGAGCAGUGAAGGAGUGGAUGAGACAACAGCUCAAGGGGGAAGGUGUACUCAUAUUUGACAUUGGAGGAAGUAUAUUUUUAGCCCUUGUUCCCAACUCUUCCACUUAACAGUUUUUCUCCUGCACGGUGUCAUUGGUGGGAGCUAGUCAUGGGCACUGGUGGGGACAGGUUUCUGUGGUCAGUGCUGCUUCUGCUGCCGGUCUUGGGACUUUCUGAAGCUCUGCGACCUGACUGGCUUCCAGGGGACUAUGCAGACACCCUGGAUGAGGCACAAAGGUUCCUCACUGACUACAACAGCACUGCUGAAGAGGUGUUAUUCUACAGUGUCUCUGCCAGCUGGAACUACAACACCAACUUGACGAGCCACAACUCCCAGCUCCAGGUAACUGCAUCCCUUGAAGAGCAGGCCUUCACUGAAGCCUGGGGGAAAAAGGCCAAGACAACCUUCACUCUCAAUCUCACUGAUGCUCAAGACAUUAAACUGAUGAACAAGAUCAAGACGCUGGGAGCUGCCAACCUGCCCCAAAAAGAAAGAGAAGAGUAUAACACAAUUCUCAGCACCAUGGACAACAUUUAUUCCACAGCCAAAGUGCAUCCACAGCCGAACGUAAGCUGGAGCCUGGAACCUGAACUAACAGAUAUCAUGGCCAACUCCAGGAGCUAUAAAAGGCUCCUGUUUGCCUGGGAGGGCUGGCACAAUGCAUCAGGUGUACCUCUGAGGGAGUAUUACCCCAGGUUUGUGGAGCUCAGCAACCAAGCCUCUCGAGCUGAUGGAUUCGAUGACACUGGAGCUGACUGGCGCUCUUGGUAUGAGACUGACAACUUUGAGGAGGUCAUAGAGGACCUCUAUCAGACAAUUAAGCCCCUCUACCUCAACCUGCAUGCCUUUGUGCGCCGCCAGCUCUACAAGCAGUACGGUCCUAAGUACAUUAACCUUGAAGGACCUAUCCCUGCUCACCUGCUAGGAAAUAUGUGGGCCCAGACCUGGAACAAUAUAUAUGGUAUGAUGAUCCCAUUUCCUGAAAAACCCAACUUGGAUGUGACUGAUGAAAUGGUCAAACAAGGCUAUAAUGCCACAAACAUGUUCCGUGUUGCCGAGGAGUUCUUCACCUCUCUGAAUUUGGAGAAGAUGCCUGAUGAGUUCUGGAGUGGAUCCAUGCUGGAAAAACCUGACAAUCGAGAGGUGGUGUGCCAUGCGUCUGCUUGGGACUUUUACAACCGCAAAGACUUCAGGAUCAAGCAGUGCACCACAGUGACGAUGGAGCAGCUCUUCACUGUACACCACGAGAUGGGGCAUGUCCAGUAUUACCUGCAGUACAAAGACCUGCCUGUGGGCUUCCGUCGUGGAGCCAACCCCGGUUUUCACGAGGCUAUUGGCGAUGUUUUGUCUCUCUCCGUCUCCACACCCAAACAUCUCAAUACCAUUGGACUGUUGGAAUCUGCGGCCUCUGACGAAGCAACUGAUACCAACUACCUGUUGAAGAUGGCUCUGGAGAAGAUAGCCUUCCUUCCUUUUGGCUACCUUAUUGACCAGUGGAGAUGGGGUGUGUUCAGUGGAAGCACUCCUCCAGAGCGCUACAACGCUGAGUGGUGGCAUCUCAGGACAAAAUAUCAAGGCAUCUGCCCACCCACCAGACGUACAGAGGAGCACUUUGAUCCAGGGGCAAAAUACCACAUUCCUGGAAACACGCCAUACAUCAGGUAUUUUGUCAGCUUCAUCCUGCAGUUCCAGUUUCAUGAAAAACUGUGCGCAGCAGCCAAGCACUCUGGUCCCUUGCACACAUGUGACAUCUACCGCUCUCCAGAAGCAGGAGCCAUUUUAAAAAAAGUUCUUCAGGCGGGUUCCUCCAAACGUUGGCCUGAAGUGCUUAAGGAGGCUUUAGGCACCGACAAGAUGGAUGCCGGGUCACUGAUGACAUACUUUGACCCGAUUAUUAAGUGGCUGAAAAUCCAAAAUGUGAAUGAGACUUUGGGAUGGCCUGACUUUAAUUGGGUCCCACCCAUACCUGAAGGCUACCCAGAGGAUAUUGACAAGAAAACAGAUGAGCUUGAGGCAAAGGAGCUUCUUAAGAAGUACAACAGCACAGCUGAAAAGGUGUGGAACGCAUACACGGAGGCCUCCUGGGCGUACAAUACUGACAUCAACGAGGUCAAUAAGCAGGAGAUGCUUGCGAAGAACCUGGAGAUGUCGGCCCACACCCUGGAGUAUGGACAGAUGGCCCGUCAGUACGACACCACUGACUUCCAGGACGCCUCAGUCAAACGCAUCAUUAAAAAACUCAGCGACAUUGAGAGGGCCGCACUGUCUGCAGAAGAACUGGAAGAGUACAACAAUCUGCUGUCCAACAUGGAGACUAAGUACAGUGUGGCUGAAGUCUGCAGAGAUGAUGGGACGUGCCAUCCACUGGAUCCAGAUCUUCAGAAGAUCAUGGCGGAGUCCAGGGAUUAUGACGAAUUGCUUUUUGCCUGGAAAGGAUGGCGAGAUGCUGCUGGCAAAGUACUUCGCGAGGAUUACAAGAGAUAUGUUGAACUGGCCAACAAAGCUGCCACACUCAAUGGUCACAGUGACAAUGGGGCUUUCUGGCGCUCUCUGUAUGAAACCCCAACAUUUGAGCAAGACCUGGAGAGUCUGUGGAAAGAGCUGGAGCCACUCUAUCAAAACGUGCAUGCCUAUGUUCGCAGGGCUCUGUACAAGAAGUAUGGUGCUAAACACAUCAACCUAAAGGGACCCAUUCCUGCUCAUUUGCUGGGCAACAUGUGGGCACAGACGUGGUCUGGCAUAAUGGAUUUGGUCAUACCCUACCCAGAUGCCACUCAAGUUGACGCCACGCCAGCUAUGGUGGAAAAGGGCUGGAAUGCCACCAGAAUGUUCCAGGAAUCAGACAAUUUUUUCACCUCCCUGGGUCUGCUGCCAAUGCCACAAGAGUUUUGGGACAAAUCUAUGCUUGUGAAGCCAGAUGAUCGCCAGGUGGUCUGUCACGCCUCUGCAUGGGACUUUUAUAACAGAAAAGACUUCAGGAUCAAGCAGUGCACUGUUGUGACUAUGGAUGACCUGAUCACAGUGCACCAUGAGAUGGGUCACGUCCAGUACUUCCUGCAGUACAAAGACCAGCCUGUGUCCUUCCGUGAUGGAGCCAACCCUGGCUUCCACGAGGCCAUUGGUGAUGUGCUUGCCCUGUCUGUGGCCACACCCAAACAUCUGCAGAAAAUCGGUCUCCUGGACAAAGUUGAGAACAACGCCGAAAGUGAUAUCAAUUUCCUAAUGAGCAUGGCCCUUGACAAGAUUGCCUUUUUGCCUUUUGGCUACCUGAUGGACCAGUGGAGAUGGAAGGUAUUUGACGGACGCAUUCCAUCGACUGAGUACAACAAAGAGUGGUGGAACCUCAGAAUGAAGUACCAAGGAUUGUGUCCACCUGUAACCCGUACCGAGGAUGACUUCGACCCAGGCGCGAAGUUCCACAUCCCUGCUAAUGUACCCUACGUCAGGUACUUCGUCAGCUUCAUCAUCCAGUUUCAGUUCCACAAAGCUCUGUGUCAAGCCGCCAAUCAAAAUGGGCCCCUACAUACCUGCGAUAUCUACCAAUCUAAAGAAGCUGGGAAGCUGAUGGGUGAUGUGAUGAAGCUGGGCUUUAGCAAGCCUUGGCCCGAGGCGUUGACCAUGAUAACCGGCGAGCCCAAAAUGAGCGCCCAGCCGCUCAUGGAGUAUUUUCAACCUCUCAUUGAAUGGCUGGAGAAGGAGAACAACAAGAACAACGAGGUUCGCGGGUGGCCUGAUUAUGACUGGAAACCUGUACAAGUAGAAAUAGUUGAAGAUAAGGCUAAUAAAGUGGACUUCCUGGGUAUGAGUGUGGACCCCGCAGCUGCCUUAGCCGGCCAGGUGGUCUUGCUUGUCCUUGGCCUGGUCCUGUUGUUGGCCACCAUCGUAUUGGGCUACAAGUACAGCAAGUCGAGAAAUCCUGAGAGGUCCCUUUCGACGAUGGAGCUGAAGCAGAAAGACUAGUCAUCAGUGACAUAAUAUUAAUGUCAAUGUGAAUAUCAGUGUUUUUUUGUGUACUGUACAGUACAUCUGAUCAAAUUAGCUUUUCUUUGUGGUCUGCCUCCCUAUCUAAUCUUGUAUAUUUAUUGUACACUUUUGGAGUCCAUUUAUUAUUUUUUGCCUAUGCAAAAGAACAUUACAAUUCUGUAAUUUAUUUGUAAUAUUUUAAUGUUUA